AUGAAAGGCAAAUCGGCGGAUACUGUUUUACAUGAGGUGGUCGGACGUACCGAAAAGAAUGUGUGGACCUCCGGUUACACCUUGACUGCGUUCCUUGACAUCGAAGGAGCCUUCAACAAUGUGAAGCUGGAGGCUAUCCAUUCUGCUUUCAAUAGUUCAGGCAACAUGGAUCUCUUUGAUCAAUUGAAAACUACUGGGCCAGUGGCCAAGGAAUCAUCGAAAAAGGAUAAAGAAGAUAAGAAAAGUUCAUCGAACAACAUCAGUAAGGACAGUGGAAAUCAAAAUAAAAACAAUUCAUUCAAACAAGUGGGCAAGGAUUCGUCGGACAAGAGUAAUUCCUCAUCCUCCUCCUCUUUUGAUAAGAAGAAAGAAAAACACAGCCAUAAUCAUAGCAAGAAACAUGAUGAAACAGCCAAUAGGAAAAAUUCUAUAACACAUAAUGCGAAAUCAAAGUCUUCAAGUUCGGACAAGUCCUCUAAACAUCACAAAGAUGAAAGAAAACAUGACGACAGUAAAAAGAAAAGCCAUGAUGGUGGCAAAUCGAAACAUGACUCGGAAAAGCAUAGCAAUAAAAGUAAAGAAAAUUCACAUCGCAAGGAUGAUAAUGAUAGUCCUCCCAAGAAGAAGUCUAAAGUGGAUACAAAUGACAAGGACACCGCGGAUGGCAAAAAGAAAAACACGGCAAGUAGCGAUAGCAACAAUCAUGAACAAAAAGUAAAAAAAUUCAAUGAAAAACAUAAACGUGAGGAAGAUCCUGAAGGAAAUCAACGCCGUCGUGAAUCACUGCCCUCACCAAUACCGUCGCCAUUAAGUGCCACAAAGAAGGCCAAUAAAUCUCGCAGUCUAUCACCACCCAAAAAUAUUCCAACAUCCUUUGGAAAGCAGCUCAAGGUCAAACUGGAAAGAACCAAAUUAGAAGAUUAUUCACCAAUGAAAGGAAAUUCGCACAGUUCCCCAAGUAAAAUGGACGAACCAAUAAAGAAAACCCCUACAAAAGCACAACAAAAACUUUUUGAACCUCCUAUGGGUGAGAAGAAAUCGAAAGUGGAGCAACAAGUCCUUAAACAAUUCAAUGUUAAAUCAUGUGUUGUAAGAAUACAUCGUGAUAAUAUGAAGAAGCUAAUGAAGGAAUUUAGAAAGCAACAAAAAAGAGCCGCCCACAACUCAUUAGAUGCGGCAAAUAGAAAUGAUGGUUCUCCUUCGACAAAGAAAAACAAAAGUAAUGUUGUUGCAGCGGCGGCGGCUAAGCCUAAAAGUAGUUUCUUUAUAAAAAUAACAACUCCCGCAAAAACGGAUAAAAAAUCGAAAUUGUCAAAACAUAAUUCGUCGUCAUCAUCCUCUUCGUCAUCAUCGUCGUCGUCCUCAUCAGUGGCCCGGCAUAAUAAAAUUAAAAAUUCCAAAUCGCCCUGCACAACAACGCCGACCAAAUUCUCUCGCACUCAUCUCAUCAAAACUUUUGGCAAACAAUGGUUCAAUUGCCAUGUUCGUGUUAAAAAUUGCAAUCAUCCCAUUGCCCGAACAUUUGUAUCCAAGUCAAGUGUACGAAACAAAUUCAAUAAUCUAAAGAAGAAAAAUCUAUCAGUAUCCUUCUGUGAUGAGGUAGAGGUAUUGGGUACAUCUUCAUCGGAAUCAGAUAGUGAUGAUGAUUCACGUGAUGAGAAUUUCUGUGCAACAGCUGUACCCGCCAAUUUUGGUGCUAACACACCAUUACGUAACAGCAGCCGACUUUCCAGUACAUUAAAUACGCCAAUGGUGGUGCCAUCAACACCUCUGCCGGCUCGUCUAAAGAAAUUGGAAAAUGGUCGGGUGGUUGAUGAUAUUGUUUUGGAUCCUUCACUAUUCUUGGGUCCAGAAAAUAUUGUGGCCAGUACACCAUUUUCACCGGGACGCAAGAAACGUGAACACAAGAAAUCCUUUAGUCCCCUCAAAGACGAAGAAACACAAAGUCCUCGCAAAGAACAAUUGAAACGGGCCAAUGAGCGAGUACCACCAACUGGUCUGCGGCGUCUGAACAUCGAUGACGAGGAUGAUGAGGAGGAAGAAGACGAUGAUUGUGAAUAUAUUGUACCUAUUGACAUGCCAGAACGACGCGCAUCACGUACAAGUUCCACAAAUACCGCAGUCGAUACCGGGCCAAGUGUAAUACCACCAACAUUUGAUGAUGAAGUUCUACCCUAUACGGCACCCUCAAUAUUUACCCAAAUCGAUGAGGCCAUAACAUUGGCCAAAGGUCUAGUAUCACCCGUACCCUCAUCCACCACACCAAAUCCCGAUUCAGCGGAAAAUAACACAAACAGCAGCAAUGACCGAAAUAAUAAAAUUGUAAAACAUUCAAAUAAUACAUCGGAUAAUACAGAAUCUCAUGAUAGUUUUGUAUCGGCCCAAGAUCAGGAGCAACAACGCCAAUCUGUAUCACCGACCACUUUAUCCAGCGAUGUAAAUCAUGUUGCAGCUGUAACUGCACCAGGAGUGCCACAAGAAAAUACCACAAAAACAAAUGGUAAUAUAAAUAAAAAUAAAAAUAAUUUAGAUGGAGAUGAUGUAUCUAUGACUGAUAUACCUUUGAAUUUAUUCGCUGAAGAUGAUUCACCAACGAAUGAGGACGCCCCCGAGAAGAAUUAUGUUGAUAAUAUUAUCAAUGAUUUGGGAAGUGAUGUUGGCAAUGAUAGCAGCUCAGCGCUGUAA